AUUUUGACAGUUUGUCAUAAAUUCGAAGUGAGGGACUGGCACUACAGCUCAGGAUGGAGUCGCUACUUAGUUUCUUUGAUCCCACCGAAGAUUGUUUGAAUGAUAACCAACUCCCUCCAGAACCUCAACUUGGAAACAUUGAAUACAAACUUAAACUCUUAAAUCCAUCUCGAACAAGAUUUCAACACUUAGUUACUCAGUUAAAAUGGAGGUUAAGGGAGGGAGGAGGAGAAGCUAUAUACGAAAUAGGAGUAGAAGAUUCUGGACUCCUUGCAGGUCUCCCAUCUCAUGAAAUGGAUACUAGUCUAAAAACCCUGUCUCAGAUGGCUGCGGAACUAGGAGCGACAACCACAGUAUUAAGAGAAAGAGAAGUGAGCUGUGGUCGUAAAGUAACAGAAGUUCUUGUUAGAAAAAUUCCUGCUGAUCAGCAUACAAUCGAGGUUCGAGUUGCUGUUAUGGGAAGUGCAGAUUCUGGUAAGUCUACUUUGGUUGGUGUAUUAACUCAAGGCGAACUUGACAAUGGUAGGGGCAGAGCUCGUUUAAAUACGUUUCGUCAUCUUCAUGAGGUUCAGUCUGGAAGAACUAGCUCGAUUUCUCAUGAAAUUCUUGGGUUUGAUUCUGAGGGUAAAGUGAUUAACUCCAGUGAUUUAGUGAAUGGUGAGGAUAUGCAUUGUACGAAACUUAUUUCUCUCCUUGAUUUAGCUGGCCACAGAAAAUACUUGAGAACGACAGUGUGUGCUGUCAGUGGGUACCGACCACAUCAUGCGAUGUUAGUAGUAAGUGGACAAGCUGGUGUUGUAGGUAUGACUAGAGAACAUGUGGCAAUCACCAGUGCUCUAGAAGUACCCAUGUUUGUCGUUGUCACAAAGACAGAUCUUGGAUCAGAAUCAACUACACUCGACCAUGUUAAACAACUAUUAACUUCACCAGGGUGUAGAAAGGUACCUAUGGUGAUAAAAAAUGAAGACGAUGUUAUGACAGCAAACUCUAACCAAUUAAGAGAGAAUGUAGUUCCAAUAUUUUGUGUAUCAAAUGUUACUGGUGAAGGUCUCGAUCUUUUGAUUAGAUUUCUCUAUGUUCUUCCUCCAGGGGUAUCUAAUAAAGAAAAAGAAAGGCUGGAUCAGGAACCUUGUGAAUUUCAAAUUGAUGAAAUAUUUCGGGUAGCUGAUGUUGGGACAGUGGUUGGUGGACUUCUUACUAAAGGAGUUAUUACAGAAGGCAGUGAAGUUCUUGUUGGUCCACAUAAUGACGGAACCUUUAGACAGGUCAAAAUACAGUCAGUUCAUCGCAAUAAAGCUCCGUGUCGCUUAGUACAUUCUUCUCAAAGUGCAUCAUUAGCACUUGAUUCAUCAGAAGUGGCCCUUCGUCCUGGAAUGGUCAUUGUCAGUCCCUCUGAAAAACCUGAAGCUUGUCUAUUUUUCCAGGCUACAAUCUGCCUGCUACAUCAUUCUACCAGCAUCCAGCCAGGUUUCCAAACUACAGUGCACAUAGGAAAUAUUAGACAAACUGCAGUUAUUGAAGGUAUAAUGACAUUCGAUCAUCGCAUGUAUACCAAUGACUCUGCUCCAGUUCUGUUCAGGUUCGUUCGACAUCCAGAAUUCAUAAGAAUUGGAGCAAGACUUCUCUUCAGAGAAGGUUUUACCAAAGGAAUUGGUAAAAUCACUCAGGUUUUCCCUUUAGACCAAGCUGCCUAAAGUUUCUGUCUUUUAAUACAAAUUAAGACAGCUUUAUUACGAUUUGCUAACUUUCAUCAUCUGGUAUAUUUGGUACUAAAUUUAGUACAAUAAGUUAAUAUUCAAUAUUAAUUCAACUUUAUAGUUUUUAUGAUAUAAUCUCUUGUGGAACUUCAAGUUCAAGGACACCUUAAACCUAACCUGUUCCUUUUUUUUUUUUUUAUUAUUAUUGAAUGUUUGUGUUAAUGGUGAUUUUCAUUUUAUUCAAUGAAUUGUGUUCAAACAGCUCUUGGAAACUGAGGUGAUCUUUUGGCUAGUGAUAAUCUUCUAACUUUAGUAUUAAACUACUGAAUUUUGUCUUUUAUCAAUUCGUUAACCAGAGUACCUUUAUUUUGUAUUUUGUAAAUUAACAUUUUUAUUAAAGUAAAUCGCUUUUUUUAAAUACAUAGAUUGGAUUUUGUGAUAUUUUCAUGCAAUAUUGUACAUAUUAAUUAGAUUUAUGAUAGCUUUCUGCCUACUUUUAAAUAAAUAAAUAUAUAAAUUAUUAUUAUUUUUAAAUUGUGACGGAUCUUAGUUUAUUAAUUCUAUUUAAAUUAAUUUUAAGUUGAUGACACAUUUCUCUGCAAGUAUAAUCAAGAUUUACUGGAUUCCCCUUUAUAUAUUUUAUUAUGUAUUUAUAAGACAAUUUAUUUUUAGUUUAGUGACAUUUUCCCAAAAUAUCGGUAUGGUAUUGUUCAAGAAUGAUCUUAGAGUUUUAUCAAUCAAGCAAUGCAACCUCUUAAAGUCUGAUAAUCCUUAAUACCACAGGUACUUUUAGGUUGCUACACUUUUAAAAUUAUAAUAAGAAUGAAAAAGUAUUACUUCGUGCUCCUUCUUACCGCUUUAUAACUUUCAAUGGACCCAGGAAAAAUCGAAACUAAUGUUUUGAAGUGGAGCCCUCCUCAAAACAAAUUUGUCCAUCACCAACUUAAUAAUCACCAGAUGAAUGUCCUUAACAUAUUUUAAAAAAUACUUGAUAUCAUUUAAAGUGAUACUUACUAUAACAUAUUGUUGAGUUAACAUUCAUUCUGAAAUAGCUGUUUCAAAAGCAACUGAUUAAUUACUAGCCAACUUAUGUAAUUAUAUUUAUUAUCCUGUUUUAGUUGCCAAAAUAGUUUAAAAAUAACUCUGUUUUCUUAAGAUUAAUAUUUAUUUUUUAAAUAUGGUAAAGCUUUAUAGUUUUAAAUUUCAUGGCUCGCAAUGUUAAAAUUUGUGUUCUUAUGGUUAUCAAAUAUAGUUUGAAUAAAAGCAACAGUUGUUAAAUGUGCUUUUACUUCAAAUAGGAAGGUGAUAAGUAUUAAAACAAAAUAAGAACUACAUAUAUUAAAUUUUACUGGCUGUGAUGAGUUUACGAAAAAUUUUUUUGUUUUUAUCGUUUUUCUUUAUGAUUAUGAGCAAUUAGUUUAAUUUUAGUUAUAAAAUUGACCUUUUUAUUGUUAUUACUUAUUAACUGAUACUUGAAAAUUUAUUUUAACGUAUGGGAAAUCUAGCUCAGUCUUAAUUGUAAUAAUUACUUGUUUAUGUUAAUGAAAUAGUUAUAAAUGAGUUGUCUUCGAAUAUGUGUAUUAGUUGAAUCAUUGGUCUUUUAAGACUGACAAUCAAAUGAAAUGUCUUCAGGUUUUGAUGUAUGGAGUUAACGGUGUUUGACAAGCUUAAGUUUUUUAAUUUUUGCAUCUACAAUAUUCAUUUGAAAGUUAUUUCUUUGAACAAUGUAAUUGUAAAAAGUAUAACAUAUAUAAUUUAGUUACCAAAUUUGCAAUUUAUGUCUCAACUUAGCAGUGAAGUUGUUAGCUUUAUUUUUUAUCAUUUAUUAUGAUAUUGACAUUCAGUACUCUCCUUUAUAUGCCAUUAAUGAUGCUGAUAAUGGCAAAAAUAUAUUUAUAAAAAAUGAUUGAUGAGUUUAUUAAAAAUUCUUUGAGAAUUUAUUUGACGAAAAUUAGCUUAUUUUAUUUGAAAACAGAACAUUACUUCCUGCUUCAUAUUCACAGAAAAUUGAUAGUUAUUGGAAGCUAAUAACUUAAUAUAAGCUAAUAGGUAAUAAACACAGAAUUUUGUCAAAUAAUAAAAACAAUAUGUUCACAAUCACAAUACUUUCCCUUACUAUAUAUUAGAUAUAUAUGCAAGUGAAAGUAAAAAUUACUACUGGUGUUUCUAUUAGCAGGCUUUUUCAUUUAUUUCUCUUAGUUAAUUUUAUGUGCAAUAUUUAUUAAAUUAUUAACUGUAAUAUACCAUUACGUAUAGUCUGGCUCUCAUUCUUUCUAUUAAGUAUAAGAAAGGUUUGCUUUGCUCUAUAGUCACACGCAUGAGGAGAAAUUUAUUAAUUUCCUUUUUUUUACUUCUAUGAAGUAUUAUAUAGGUUUUUUUUUUCUGACUUUGCCAGAAUUUUUAUAACUUUUGCAUAAUUUGUUUUGUUGUUCUUUCACUCGUCAUUGAAUUGAAAAACUAUGAUCUCUCUGUACCUUAUUAGACAUAUGUGUUUUUAUAUAUAUUGGGCAUUUUUAUUGAAAGUAUUAUUGCUUGAUUCAUAAGACAGCUGCUGUGUCAUUGUUAUAACUCACUUCAUCUAAAUUGUAGAAAUUAUUUAGGUGAAAUAUUUUCUCAAUGUUAACAAUAGAUCUCAUUUGUUAAAGUACAUUUUAAAUAAAAUUUACGUAAUGAAUAUUUUAUCUUUUUAGCGAUUAAGUAGCUAAGGAGUAUCUAAACUAUAUGCUAUGCAUUAGACAUUAAAUUAAGAGGUUACCAUAUUCUCAUUGAUGUUCAUUUUUAUUAUUAUUCAAUAACUAACUGAUUACAUAGGAUAAGGCAUAUUUAAUGAGUUAUAUUUUUCUUAAGAAAAUAUGUCCUUUUAUUUGUGUAAAAAAAAAAAUUCAUAAAAUCACUUUUUUAUAAGAGAAAAUACUUUAUUUUUUAAAAAAAUAUUGUAUCUAGAAUAAAGUUUCCAGAGAUUUAUAUUCUAUGAAGUUAUAUUUCUCUUAGGUGUGCA